CCAUUGUUUGACAGCACCUCGUUGCUAACCGGAGGGUUCCCUAGUUACCCCUCGCUGCAGCUCCCCGAGCCUCCUCCAGAGCCCUGCAGGUGUUUGUGAGAACUCAGGGAGCACAAGAAAGGGACAAGCGUCUGAAACAGCUUGGGCCCUAAUGCAAAGAGAGGUGCCCACGAUCUGGAGGAGAGAGGUUUCUUUCACUUCAGAUCCAAGACACCUCACGAGACAAAGCAGCAGCUGAACAACACAAGUCUCCCUCUAUGUUUCACAGUGGGUUGUCUGAAACAGAUUGGCUGCAAGACCAAAAAGCUGAGCUCACAGCCUGCACCGCUGCAUCUCCAGGAUGUACAAAAAGUACAGAUCAAAUCAAGUCACAGGACUUAACCCUCUUCCCUUUGACCCGGCGACCAACAACGACCCUCUCCAGUUCAGCGGUUCCAGCGGGCCUCUGGUGACCGACUGUCCUCCCUUGGAAAACACAGCUGAAAACAACAAGAAGAGGAAAAGAGCCAGCCUCGCUCAAGAAAGUAUCUGCAACAUGACAAUGGACUCCAACUCGAUGACGAUGCCAAUGUCUGAUCCCAAUCCCUGGGCCACAGCCAUGAACAACCUGGGGAUGCCUCCCAUGGGAAUGACUGGACAGCCCCUCAUGCCAGAUUUUGACCCCAACCUUGGCAUGAUGGCUGGAAUUACCCCCAUGAACCCCAUGAACCCCAUGAUGCCGGGGCUGGGUAUGAUGUCCCAGGACCUGCCAGUGGUGAAGGAGAUCAUCCACUGCAAGAGCUGCACCCUGUUCCCCGCCAACCCCAACCUUCCCCCUCCAGCCACCAGAGACCGCCCACCAGGAUGUAAAACUGUGUUUGUUGGGGGUCUGCCGGAGAACGCCAACGAGCAAACCAUCGUGGAAGUCUUUGGACAAUGUGGCGAAAUCACUGCAAUACGCAAAAGCAAAAAGAACUUCUGCCACAUCAGAUUUGCUGAGGAGUUCACAGUGGACAAGGCCCUCUUCCUGUCAGGAUAUCGAAUUCGUUUAGGCUCCAGCACGGACAAAAAGGACACAGGUCGACUUCACGUGGACUUCGCCCAGGCCAGAGACGACCUGUACGAGUGGGAGUGCUACCAGCGGAUGUUGGCCAGAGAGGAGCGUCACAGACGCAAGAUAGAGGAGGAUCUCCUCCGGCCGCCAUCCCCUCCGCCGAUUGUCCACUACUCUGAGCACGAGUGCGGCCAGCUGGGAGACAAGAUCAAAGAGGAGGGCAAGUUUCCAGAAGCGGUGCACGUGCUCUUGACCUGGCUGGAGCGAGGGGAAGUCAACCGCAGGAACGCCAACAACUUCUACUCCAUGAUCCAGUCUUCCAACAGCCACAUCCGCCAGCUGAUGACUGAGAAGAGUCAGCACGAGAAGGAGAUGGAGGAGGCCAAAGAAAAGUUCAAGACGGCUCUGCAUGGGAUCCUGGUUCAAUUUGAACAGAUUGUGUCUGUAUUCCAAGCCGCUUCCAAACAAAAGGCAUGGGACCAUUUCUCCAAAGCUCAGCGCAAGAACCUGGACAUGUGGCGCAAGCAAGCAGAGGAGAUCAGAAAUAUGCACAACGAGCAGCUGAUGGGCAUCAGGAGAGAGGAAGAGAUGGAGAUGUCUGAUGAUGAUAUGGAGGACAACCCUAACAGCAAGGACUCCGAGGACUCGGCUGUUUCUCAAGCCGAAGCUUUACGGGAGGAGAACGACUCCCUGCGCUGCCAGCUGGACGGCUACAGAAACGAGGUGGAGCUGCUGAAGCAGGAGCAAGGCAAGAACCAACCAAUGAGGAGCGAGGAGGACAACACUCACUCCCAGCAGCUCAGCUUCUUACAGCAGGCUCUCCAAGGCAUGCAGAAGCAACUGUUGAAAAUGAGGGAAGAAGUGAAGCAACGGGACGAUGAAUUGCAAAAGAGCAUUGAGGACAAACAGCAGCUGCAGACACAAGUCCAGACCCUGAAGGAAGGACUGGAGAACCUGAAAAACACACCAAUAGUGCAGCUGGAGCUGGAGGUGCCAACGCAAGAUGACGGAGGCAUCGAGGAGAUUGCUAUUGAACCCAGCGAGGAAGUUUGCACGGCAUCUAAGGUGGUGUCCUGCAGUCAGGAGAAGGAAGGUCCAUCGGAGCAGCUCCUGCAGAGUCCUGUCCACUCGGAGAGAGAAGCUGUGCUCGUCGGGAUCAUUUCCACCUUCCUGCACGUCCACCCGUUCGGAGCGAGCAUCGAGUACAUCUGCUCCUACCUGCAGCGUUUGGACACCAAGAUCAACACCAGCGAGGUGGAGGCUCUUCUGUCCCGGCUCCCCUGCACCUUCAAGCAGGAGCUGACGGGAGUCGGAGCCAGUCUGGAGAAACGCUGGAACUUCUGCGGUUUCCAAGGCAUCAAGAGCACAUAGACCUGCUGGAGACGCUUCUGGGACGUGGAAGAGACGACAGGCAAACACGACGACAGGGACGGUGUAGCGACGUGAAAGACAAGACCAACAAAUAUCAAGGACCCAGGACCGUACCUGACGGUACACGGACACGGAGGACUGAUCUCAGAUCAAGAAGGAGCGUUAUAUAAGCGUUUCAGGCACUCUGCGUAGGCGGCAGAGACUUAAAAACUUAGCAUCGCCAUGGUAACGGGGGUUUUGAUGCCAAGCACCAGGGAUGGAGUCCUCAGGAGUUCCAACUGAGCCUCUCUGUGUCUGCUGAAUAUGUUCAGACCCGGUGGCUCCGUGGGAGUCCCAGAAGAGCAGCGUCUCCUCCGGCCGCUGGAGCCCACGGAGGGCAGGAUCUGGUGGUUUUUUACCUGCUCUCGGCUCUGUCUGGUCUCAACGUGGGUCCACAGGGCUAAUCAGGGGAGAUACCGGGGUCUGCCCGGACACUCGGCCUCCCCCUCUUCUCUUUUAUCCGUGCCCAGUUUGUAACAUACAUCGAAAAAUGGAUAUAUUUCUUCAUUUUCUGUAAAGGCUGUUAAAAGUUGCAUAGAAUCACUUGUUGUAAUACACUGUAAAUGCUUGGAUGAUAUUUUUGACUAA